AUGCUUCCUGGGAGCUACGAAGUGCCAGAGACCCUCAAGAUCUUUGCAGGUCCGUUGCACAGCUAUCCUUGGACGGAGGGCAUCGGUGGGCAGUCUUCACCUGAAGAAGAUAGCAGCCCACUAUACCCUCCAAGCUCUAUUUGCAAUGUAUCAAGCCGAGAAUGCAGUGUUUCUAGCGAUGAGAGCUAUGGGUUUCCCUCUGUUUCUAGUUCGAAGGUAAGAGGAGAUAUCGCUCCUUUCAGUUGCUAUAUGGACGGUUACACGAUGCAGGGAUUGCAUAAUAAUCCGCAUUUUUGUACGGAGUCCCUUGAAACAACCCCUGUAUUGCUGCACCAUCCGUUACAGCAAGAGCAACAGCAGAAGCGGUCACGGGAGUCGGAGCAGCAGGUGCAGCAGCAGCAGGUGCAGGAGCGUUCGCCCUCGAACUCAAGCAGUUCAAGUUCGAGUAGUAGCAGUGUCCCUAAAGGCGUAGGAAAGACAUGCCAUAUAUGUCUCAAGAGCUUUACUAGAAAGACAUCACUGCAGACGCAUAUGCUCAUCCACACAAAAGUGAAGCCUUAUCGAUGUUCCUACCAGAGAUGUAAUAAAACCUUUAAUGUGAAGAGCAAUCUCUACAGGCACGAGCGGAUCCAUAAGCGCAAUAAUUCACGACAACCCGUAUUAGUUAUUUAA